CGCACAUCUCUCAUUCACACCCUCAUCGCAUCCAUUCCAAUGAGCCAGAUCAAGCUACAAUAGGAGAACGGCUCGCUCCCGGACAAUCCUCAUAGAAGCAGCGUUGGACUCAAACUCGCAACGAUUCGUCACAACUCUGCUCUUACUCGCUUGAUGAGAGCUGGAGACGACCUCGAGCUAGUCGACCAUGUCUGAAGCCGCCGAUGUCACCCCUCUGGACGUCCUGAAGUACAGACUGUACAAGGAGGGAUCACUCCAUGGCCAGCACUUCACAGACGGCUCUGCAGCUCACUUGUUGCAGACGCUGUACGCCUGUCUGUGGAACGAGGACGUCGACUACUUCUUGAAGAACCCGGCUUUCAGACCACUUUCGGCGGAUUGGCGAAGGUACAAGAAUCGGGGAAUACCAUGGUCAUUAGCAGAAGCCCAGAAGAAGGAAGCUGCGGGGGGCAAGAAGGCGAAAGUCCGGAAGGGCAAGAUUUGUGGGAACUAUCUCGCUCGAGGGGAUCGCUGUUUUAAUUGCAAAACCUGCGCAAUCGACAAUACCUCGGUGCUCUGCUCAGAGUGCUUCUUCGCAUCGGAUCACACCGGCCACGACGUGACGUUUGGCGUAGCCUACAGCUUUUCAGGGUACUGCGAUUGCGGCGACCCCAGCAGCUGGAGUAAACCCACGAAUUGCCCUCAUCACCCGCCUACCGACAAUCUGCUCGAAGCGUCUUCUUCAAAUCUCGUCAAUCCUCCUCGACAUGUCGAGCUACCGGGCAGACGAGCUCAAGCGGUCAGGGAGACUCUAGAGCUCGUGCUAGAUUACAUUAUCGAGACGUUCGAGGCUGGGCCGCCGGAGGGCAAUGUGACCGUCCCACGGACCAUCGAAGAAGUCAUAUUCGAGACCCAGGGGGCACAUUCGUUGAAAGGCAAAGUUAGGCUAGAGCCUGUUAGCUUGAUCCUCUGGGGAGAUGAAAAGCAUACGGGUAAAGAGGUCACGCGACAGCUCACCCAUGCUACCGGUCUCUCGAAGGCGGAUGCCACCAUACUGAUCAACGAGUUGGACAAACAAGGCCGAGUUGUCAUCGAGACUACAGAUAAUUACUACCGUCUCAUCCACAUCGCACAAACGCUCGCCCAGAUCGACCUCACGGUGACAUUCCAGCUGAGCUCCGAAUCUUACCGGGAACAAGCAUGCGGAGUCAUCAUCCCUUGGUUGGCCGAGAUCUGCUCUUCACAUGUACUCGACGACGACCUGUUUCUUCGUCGGCAGGUCGGUGAUGUCCUCUUGAUUCCAUCUAAAGUUGGCAGCCAAGCACCCGAUGGAAGAUAUAGAGUCGCAGCGUCUAGGAUGGAAAGGUUAUUCUUGGUGUUCUCGCGAUUUUGGCGGGCCCCUCGGAUAGCUUGGAUGAAGGUGUUUGUGAGGAUUUUGACUGCAGAUAUGGACUACAAGAUUGCCUUAGGGAACACCUUUGCGCGAAUGUACACCUACCUCGUGGAUCAGUACCUGUUCUUCGACCGCGAAUCCGAACUGUCUCUCCUGUUAUGGGGGAUGCAGCUGUUCCCAGUCCCGGCAAUAGCGACAGCGGCGGUCCGCGACAUGGACAUCUUGCACACCCUGCUACAGGUCCUCACGUCUUACUUUACCGAGCAGUUUGAGCACCAACAUCUACGGAUACCACCUAUGGUAGUGCCACGGAUCGAUGCCGACGUCGAAGCGUUCCGGACGAAGAAGUGGCAGACCAUGUUCGGACACCUCAAGGUCAUGCUUCAGAGUAAAGGGGUACAGAAGAUACUCCUGGAUCAACCCGAGUCUUUUAACGAGGUCGUCAGCUUUUUGAGCCUCUUCACGUCAAUGGCACCUCAUAUACGUGCGAAGACCGAGCACAUCGAGUUCGAGAGCGACGCAUGGAUCAGGGCACUAGGGGUCAGCAUGGACCUGAGCCGUGUCACCAUCUCUCUCGGACAAGUAUUCGAUCGAGCCAACAGAGAGGGGCUGGUCCGGGCGAUCACCGAAGUCGGGCUGCACAUCUCGUAUAAUUCGAGAUUGCUAUCGACCGUACUAGACUCUGACAAGUUUUUCCCACCAAAAUUGCACGUGGUCCAGAUGUUCGGGCGGGAAUUCCAAGUCAUUGCACACGAUGGGGAUCUGGAAUGGACGAGUAUACACAACCCACUUCACUGGACGCUAGCAGAAGCCAUCAAGCGGCUGCCGGCCAUGAUCGAGCGUGAACCCAAGGAGGAUGGGCCGGGAAGGACGACUCGGAAGGACAUCAUCUCAUGGGCAACGGCGUCUAGUCCCGAAGUCACCGAUGCUCUGUUAGCUUUCAACAUGCAGAUCACGAUAGAGAAUCCUUUGCGAACGGUCGCAUAUUUGGCUCAAGUCCGAGCUGGACUUUGGGUCCGGAACGGUAUCGGCAUGCGAGGACAAUUGCACCACUAUCGUGAUCAUCCGUUGCGUGAGACGACAUAUGACCAAGAUCUCUUCCUGUUGCAAUUUGGAUUCUGCACACUAGACCCGCCUCUCAUGCUGGCCAGCUUGAUCGAUCGCUUCGGCUUGACGGAACUGUUCACCAUGCCUAUCUGGCCAACCCAGGUCGAAAACGCUCAGAUCUUGCAACUACUGGAAGAGCUUCUGCUCUGCUUGGUCACCCUUUUCACGGAAACGUGGGCCAUGCAAGCUCGCUCUCGGGUCGACACGACGAAACGAGAAAUCAUUCACAUCUUGGCGCUAGGCCCACUCGCCUUUUCAGACCUCGUCAAGCGACUCUCUGAGCGAACCGUAGAAAUCGCCUCUUUCAAGGAUGUACUGGAAGAGGUCGCCACUCUACGAGUACCCAAGGGGGUCACGGAAACGGGAGUUUACGAACUUAAAACACGAUAUUACGACGACGUCAAUCCGCUAUUCUAUCAUUACUCACGAAAUCAACAGAACAACGUAUACGAAAUUCUCUGCAAGCAACGCAAGACAGAUUGCAUCAACCCGACAGUACCGCAACUUCCACCAAGAUUACCUUUCUCGGCACUUCACGACGUUUUCGAAACGCCCCUUAUCAUGCUAACAUGUCAUGUCAUACUUCACAACACCAUCGAGAUGCGAAAUCGCAGUCUCACAGCCCCUUCAACACCGGCAGUACCCCAGAUGGAUGGCCUGAUCGACCUAGUCUUCCAUCUAACGACACUGGCGGUCUUGUGUGCACCGGAGAAUUCCUCUGCCAUAGCGUGCGCUAGAUCCGAGCAGCUCGAUUUCCCACCUCUCAUCACCGAAUUAUGUGACAUCGAGCUCGACAAGAAUUGGUCGCCGUAUCGUCCCCGAAUAUCAAACUUGAUCGAUUUGAUAGCGAAACAAGUGCCGGAACAGGUGCGAGCCUUCAGAGCCCGCCUGUCCCGCGACCAGUCGACGGUCUCUGCCGAUGAGGCCAGGAAGGCUGCGAUCGCCAAACGUAAACAGGCUAUUAUGGCCGGAUUCGCUCAAAACCAAGUCGCCUUUGCCGAGGCUUACGAGGUCGGCGAAGAAGAUGAGGAUGAAGCCGGGGAGCAAAUGCACUCUUACGGACAAUGCAUUGUCUGCCAAGAGGCUUGCACUGAUCAGCGACCGAGUGGCCUUUUAGCAAUAGUUCAACCGAGCAAGGUCGUACGGAACAUGUGUGUCGGGCGCGACUGGUUGGAGGAGUGCCUGCGCGUGCCAGAAACCCUCAGCGGCGACACCCGGGUGACACGAUACGGUCUGGGAACGGGCGACCGCCCAAUGUCAACGGAUGCCUAUCCUCGGUCGGAGCAGCGAUUUGGUCUUAACGUCACAGUGUGUGGCCACAUGAUGCACGAACUGUGCCUCGAAAAAUUCUUCGAUGAUACGCGCCUCCGUCAACAUCAGCAAGGACAGCGAAAUCAUCCCGAAAACGUCUUUCGCAAGGAGUUUGUUUGUCCUUUAUGCAAGAGCGUGGGCAAUAUCUUGGUGCCGCUCACAACCGCUUCAGACUUCCCUUCAAAUCCCGGCUAUGCUCCGCUAAACGAGUGGAUUCGACGUACUCUCGAUGAGGAUCUGAAGCGGACUGGCAAACGGCCUAAAUCUCUCAAGACGCAUUCACGAACAGGCGAGCGAAUGACGUGGUACGUCGACGUCGCGGGCGAGGCAGAGACUGGAUUCUUGGAUUCGGGCCAGGGCGCCAUCUUGAUCCGCUACAUCAUGCUCGUCAUGGCCAUAUCGGAGCAGACGACGCAUAUGAGCGGACGAACAGAGAGGGGGCUUUACGUGCCGCAGGAUGUCAUUGGGUUCACGCUGUCGCUGAUGGAGAUCGCGCAGCGAGGAAUCGCGCCUAGCGAGCAGAACUCCGUUUACCUAAGCGAGACGUCUGAGAGACUGUUGCGUGGGAUGAUCACCUUACUGUGGCAGGAAGAGCAAACGGCAGCUGGGGAACCCGCAGAUCCGGUUCUCAAUCGCAUUGCCAUUUUUUCGACGCUGCUGCCAGAGCGCUUCCGGACGAAGCCCACAUCGUCGGCGUUGCUGCUGAGGGACCCAAUGACAAUCAUGAUCGAGGCGGCGGCACUCGCACCGGACGCUUUACAACCGGUCGUGGUUUUGUGCUACUUUGCCGAGGUUGUCCGAGCCAUGCUGGCUAUCACGUUCUGGGCCCGGCUGUGCUUGUCCCGCUCAGCUAGCCCUGUCUGGUCUCGGUCUGACGUUGAUGGGCCUGAAUACAAGCUCGCUGUGGAGACGUUCCCUGAACCCCGAAACCUCGUUCUGAGCUGUUUCCGCCAUACCCCGCAACUGCUGCAGGAGGCCACCUCGGCGCUCAACUUGUUGCCGGAACGCGACCUUUCCAAGCUGCUGUAUACGUUCACACUGCCGUUCCUACGCCGUGCUUCGAUGUUGUGUUCGGCGAUGAAAACGACGUUCCCCGUGGCAGGAGCUUCAGACCUGACAGGCGAGUACAAUCAACACCUGCGACGUCUUCGGAUCCCAGCACCGGGUAGUACCUUGCUCGAUCCGACCCAACCCAUCCAGUCGACUGCUAUCAGCUGGCUCAAACAAUGGAUCCAGCUGGACACUGGCGUUCCCACGCUAGAGUAUCCCGGGAUUUACGAGUUAUACCGGAUACCCGAAAGCCUGGAGGACCUGCUGCGCUUCUACGAAAAGAAGGAAUGCACGCGAUGCAGCAAAGUGCCCAGCACACCCGCCGUAUGCAUGUUUUGUGGCGAGUACUUGUGCUUGGGUACGGAUUGUUGCAGCGAGGGAAGUAUGGGAGAAUGCAAUACCCAUCGAAUGGACAACGAUGGAUUGCAUCGAAUCGUUACGUCUAGGUGUGGAGGAGCGGUAGGAAUGUAUAUCGACCUGAAACGGUGGACGACUGUCUACCUGUACGCCGGUUCGGGAUCGUUUGGGCCGAUGCCUUUCCUGGAUUGUCAUGGCGAGCUGGAUCAGGGGAUGAGACGAGGUCAUCCUCAAUUCCAGCAUCGAGCCCGAGCGGAUCACGUCCGACGGACAUGGUUGGGACACGGGAUCCCCUCCUUUGUCGCUCGCAAGCUCGAAUUGACGCUAGAUCAGAGCGGAUGGGAUUCGUUAUGACAGCAGGGAUUUGAUGGGCAUGGUACAGAGCUCAUGGCGAGGAUGUGCGAGCUGACGACAUGAUGGAGAAUCGGAUGACAUCAGGGUAGCCUUCUUCGACGAAACGACAGUCGUACCAGGACGGUACAAAAGAAAGAUUCGAGA